GGUUAUGUUGGAAAGAUGACAAACAACAUUGGUAAGGGUCUCAUCCAUUAUAAAGUUACAGACUCAAAUGAUGACCCCAUAAAUCCCAAACCUGGAACGUUGAGAUAUGGAGCUUCAGUAAUCCAAGGCAAAGUGUGGAUCACAUUCCAAAAAGACAUGAAUAUUAGACUAAUGAAACCGCUUCUCAUUAGUAGUUUCACCACCAUUGAUGGUCGUGGCGUCAACGUGCAUAUUGCUAAUAAUGCAUGCUUGAUGAUAUUCAAGGCCACCAACAUAAUAAUUCAUAGUAUUCGAAUUCAUCAUUGCAAAGCUCAAGCCCCAGGGAUGGUAAUGGGACCAAAUGGAAAGGUUAUUUCUUUGGGCCAAGUAGAUGGAGAUGCAAUUAGACUGGUCACCGCUUCAAAAAUUUGGAUUGAUCAUAAUACGCUUUAUAAUUGUGAAGAUGGUCUUCUUGAUGUCACACGAGGCUCUACUGAUGUGACUAUUUCCAGUAAUUGGUUUAGAGAACAAGAUAAAGUUAUGCUUCUUGGACAUGAUGAUGGAUAUGUAAGGGACUUAAACAUGAAGGUUACUGUGGUGUACAAUCAUUUUGGACCAAAUUGUAACCAACGAAUGCCAAGGAUUCGUCAUGGAUAUGCACAUGUAGCCAACAACAUUUAUUUAGGUUGGAUGCAAUAUGCCAUUGGUGGAAGUAUGGGGCCUAGCCUCAAAAGUGAAUCUAACCUCUUCAUAGCACCAAAAGAUGGGAGUAAAGAGGUAACAUGGAGAAACAAUGAUCGUACAAAUAGAGACAAAUGGGAGUUUCAUUCAAAAGGGGAUGCAUUUAAAAAUGGAGCUUCAUUUGCAGCAACAGAAGGAGGACGUGUGCGAAAGCCUAAUUAUAAUAAAGAACAAAGUUUUAAAGUAGUUGAUGUCAAAUCUGUUCGAUCACUGACACGAUCAUCAGGUGCAUUUCAAUGUAGUAGGACCUCUAUAUGUUGAAAGAAACAAAAUAUAUAAUAGUAAUUGUGAAGCAAAGUGUGCAUCACUAAAUUAAUAUAAAUCCAAAAAAAAAGGAUUUUACAA